UUAAAAUAAAUUUAUGAAUAGUGAAAGUGGAAAUGAUGACAAAGGAAAAUUCUUUAAGAAUAUCCAAGCUCUAUGGGAUAGUUAAUUAAAGGAUUCAAAAGAGAAAUGGUACUCUUUGGGUGAUCAGUAUUGGAGAACAAUUGAACCCACAUUAAAUGGUGUAUUAGGAGGAUUGGAGUUUUUAAAUAAGAUUGACAUAGAGGAAUCAAAUAAAUUAUUAACUAUGCUAUAUAAAACUCCUCUUUAAGACUUGAGAGUUGUUGAUUGUGGUGCUGGAAUAGGAAGUAAAGAAAUUUAUUAUAUUAAUAUUAGGAGUUUCAAAAGAGUUAUUAAUAAAUUGGUUCAAAAAAGUAGAUUUAAUUGAAUAGAAUCCUAUAUAUGUUGAGAAGGCAAAGGAAGAAUUAGGAAAUAAAAUAUGUGAAUAUUAUUGUUCAGGUUUACAAAAUUUUGAGUUUUAGUAUAAAUAUGAUUGCAUUUGGAUUUAAUGGGUGGCAAGUCAUUUAACAGAUGAUGAUCUUAUUAUAUUUUUAAAAAAAUGCAAGCAAAAUAUGAAUUAAAAUGGAUAUAUAAUUUUGAAGGAAAAUAUUACUAAAUAGGGAUUUAAUUAUGAUACAGAAGAUCAUAGUGUAAUAAGAUCAGAUUUAAUGUUUAAAUAAUUAUUUUAAAAAGCUGGUUUAGAAUUGAAGUUUAGUGGUUUGUAGCCAAACUUUCCUAAGGAUUUAUAUUAAGUUAAUCAAUAUGUUUUAUAAUGA